UUAUUUGCGUAUUUUGUGCGUAUUUUUAUUUUGUAUGCCUGAAUAAAGAUAAGUUUGGCCCCGCCUUUCUUUCUGGAGUCCCGUUCGUUUCCGGGUGAAGUUUUUGCACAGCAAGCAUGGCCUACUGCCGGAUGGACAUGAAUGUGACGCAGCUAAUUGGAUUGGUGGAAAAGAAUCCCUGUUUGUGGGACUUGCUACACCCUGACUAUAUGAAUAAAAAUGUCAAGAAAGAGGUGUGGGUUCGUAUUUUUCGUGAAAUGUAUCCUGACUGGGAUGAGAAGGCGCGUGGUUUACGGAAUAAAAUUGGUGAAGAUGUUAAAAACCGUUGGCGGUCUUUGAGGGACCAGUUUCGACGCUAUGAAAAUGCUAAAGAACAGAGUGGUUCAUCCCCUGUCAGUCGCAGACGCUUUGCCUACUAUGAGUCCCUGUUAUUUUUACGCUCUGGAAGAGAGCUUCGGCCAUCUAGUGGUAAUGUUGGUGAUACCAAUGAACCUGAAGAUGAAGAAACCAUUACCCUAGACUCUUCACCAUCCAUGAUUAAUACAGAAGAUGACCCUCCUUUGGAAAGCAAUCAAGCGGCUUCGGGUGGCCCUUCAACUAGCCAUAUUCGGGCAAAUUUGCAGAGAGGCAGACACCAAUCACGUGAAGGGGGUUUCAAUGUUAACAGGCCAAAUUUUGAGUUUGAGGCUCUGUCUAUGCUGCAGAGAGUUGAAAAGGAGGAUGAGUGGGACCAUUUGGCAUGUACCUUGGCUUCUCGCCUUCGUAAGCUGCCAGUUGGCCGCCAGUGGCACUGUGUUCCUAUUCUGUUUGAAGUAGUUGAAAUUUUUAAUUCCCCUAAUCCGAUUCCCACUAACUUAGAAAUAAUAACAGAGCUAAAUAAGCUUAAACAAAGUAGAUGCCAGUCGAUUCACUCUGCACCCCAUGUAGCCCCACAAUCAAGUGCCACUCUUUCCUCCUCUGAGGAUCAACCUCACAUGUUGUCCCAGCCUUCUUCCCGCCCAGCCUCAAUAAGAGAACCGUCUCAUGUAUCUUUAAAUUUAGGCAGAUGUUCUAGUUUUCGCCAAAUGUUGGACUUUAGUCCCCCAGAUUCUGACCACUUACCUGCUUUUUCAUACUGUCCAACAAAUCGGUCAAGUUCGCAGCCAUCAGACAAUGUUACAUCACCUGAUGCUUCGCCACCAGUAUAUCAGGCAUUGUAGCGACAAUGUUUAUUUUUUUAUAUGGCUUUUCAGUUUGAAAUGACAUGACAUUAAUGUGUAAUUUGUGGUUACGUUGCACAGGUAUGUUUUUGUCAUUUUCGCUAAUUAUUCGGGCCCCUAGACAUGCAGCAAUGUUUGGGAAAUAUUCUGAAAAUUUUGCCACAGAAAAGUGAGCUGUGUUGGUGCAUGGUUUUUCUUAAUAACAGCAGUUAGUG